AGUCACCCUAAAUGGUGCCACGGGCAGCAAAGUACCUCCUCUAGAGGACGUACCCCAGGUAAGCUUACUCCUUGCUUACCAUGACUGAAGAAAUGCCUAACCGUUUUCAUCCACUGAGUCAGUCAGGUACCAGCUCGAGCCAGCUUUUAACCUACGUAGGGCUCAAAAAGUAAUAUCUAGGCACUGUGAAAGCUUCAUGAUUGCUUUCAUUGUUCAAGACAUCCUCGGUUUACCCACCGUGGACAGCAAGCGCAAUUUCCCUCACUUUUUCCCCUCCCAGCCUCGGGGACCAUUUGCCAAACUUACCAGGGAUACCAGCCUACCCAGAAAACCCCUCAGCUGGACGGAACCUGCUCAAGGUUGCCUACUAAUGCCCAACUAUCACACCCUCAACCAGACUGUCGGGUCCAUGGUGUAGUAUUUGCGCUGCGAGAAUCAGCCGGUGGCCUGCACUGAUUGUCCCAGUUAAUCUAAUUUAUUUUUUUUCUUGUCUCUCCCUCUCGCUCUCGCACAACUGGGACCUGCUGCAUGGAGGCAGCCGGAUUCCUGUCUCAUCCCUCUCUUUCCGAUCCAUGUUCGUUAGGGUCAUUCGUCUCCCUCGUCUAUUCGUCUAUUCGUCUGUUUUUGACUCCGGAGUACUCUCGACCACCAACCCCCUCCCCUCUCUUCCCUCCAGCAGAGGAUAUGGAGCCGCUCAAGAGACGGAAUAUUAAUUUAAGAGUAACACUACUACUACUGCUGCUACUACUACUAACUCCGGACUGAUACUAACCAACUAAUUAUCAACCAGGAGUAGUUUUGAACACGGUUAUGCAGAAUGCCUCACCCAUCACCCACUCUUUUUAGUUGACUUGCCUUACGUUCUAUCCACCUCAUCAUUACUGACUUCGUAAUUUGUUGACCCUCUUUGCUGAGGAGUCCGCGGAGGAGUCCUUCCCUCCCCUUGAGUCCAGUCCUCGGACCACCCCCGGCGAACCCAUGGUUGCUCUCCAUUGCUAAGCAUCUCUCAAUCUCUGGUUCACCCAGCUUUUCUUUUCAUCAUGGACAAAAAGCCAACCCUCCACGAUCGCUAGAAACCCACAAUAAUGAUAACAUAAUACCGACAAGACAUUAACGAUUCCUUCCCCGUCAUAUUUUCUCUUUGUUUCCUCUCUCGGUGAUCUCCGUGCAAGUAUCCACAUCGAAAAACAAGGCUAAACCCCUCCGUUCUCGACCUUGUUUCGCAACCUGGCCCUUCUUUGUUCUCAACAUUCCGAGGUUGUAUCCAGAAUUGGGGCGGGAAGGGGCCCCAGGUAGGUACUUCUGCCGAAUCCCCAUCCCUCUGUUUGUCUAGUAGUAGUAUCUAUAUUAUUGCUUGCUAAUAGCCCAAGGAUGCUUAGUUACCAUCUCGUAGUGGAGACAAAAACCAGA